GGGGGCGUGUUCCAGCGCCCGGCGAUGACAUAUUCUUCCAGCGCCACGUCGUGAGGAAGUGUCGAGCCACUGGAGCAGUCGGAAGGUUCCGGGUGGAGUGGAGCAGGUGCUGGGUUUAAGCGGUUACCGGGCUGGUGUCUUCUUGUUCUGGGCUCAUCCUCUGCCAGGGCAGGAGCUAUGUCAUGGAUCAAGGAAGGAGAGUUGUCACUUUGGGAGCGGUUCUGUGCCAACAUCAUAAAGGCAGGCCCAGUGCCCAAACACGUUGCCUUUAUAAUGGAUGGAAACCGUCGCUACGCCAAGAAGUGCCAAGUAGAGCGGCAGGAAGGCCACUCACAGGGCUUCAACAAGCUGGCUGAGACUCUGCGCUGGUGUUUGAACCUGGGCAUCCUAGAGGUGACGGUCUACGCGUUCAGCAUUGAGAACUUCAAACGCUCCAAGAGUGAGGUAGACGGGCUAAUGGAUCUGGCCCGGCAGAAGUUCAGCCGCUUGAUGGAAGAACAGGAGAAACUGCAGAAGCAUGGGGUAUGCAUCCGGGUCCUGGGCGAUCUGCAUUUGUUGCCCUUGGAUCUCCAGGAGCUGAUUGCACAGGCGGUACAGGCCACCAAGAACUACAACAAGUGUUUCCUCAAUGUCUGCUUUGCAUACACGUCCCGUCAUGAGAUCAGUAAUGCUGUGAGAGAGAUGGCCUGGGGAGUGGAGCAAGGCCUGCUGGACCCCAGUGAUAUUUCUGAGUCUCUGCUUGAUAAGUGCCUCUAUACCAACCACUCCCCUCACCCUGACAUCUUGAUCCGGACUUCUGGGGAAGUGAGGCUCAGCGACUUCUUGCUCUGGCAGACCUCCCACUCCUGCUUGGUGUUCCAACCCGUUCUGUGGCCGGAAUACACAUUUUGGAACCUCUGUGAGGCCCUCCUGCAGUACCAGAUGAACCAUAGCAUGCUCCAGCAGAAGGCCCGAGACAUGUAUGCAGAGGAGCGGAAGAGGCAGCAGCUGGAGAGGGACCAGGCCGCAGUGACAGAGCAGCUGCUGCAAGAGGGGCUCCAGGCCAGUGGGGACGCCCAGCUCCGACGGACACGCUUGCACAAACUCUCAGCCAGACGGGAAGAGCGGGUCCAAGGCUUCCUGCAGGCCUUGGAACUCAAGCGGGCUGACUGGCUGGCACGUCUGGGCACUGCAUCAGCCUGAGUGGGGCUGGCCUCCUGCCACUUUGCCCUGCCCUCUGCCUCCAGGGCCCCACUCCCCUUUCUUUUCUUGGUGAAAGGCACCUCCUUCCUAAGGAUGAACUGUGUUUCCUUUACUUUGCAAGGGAGCCCCAGAGGCCAGGUCUGCUGGCCAGAGAUACACCUUUUGGGCCGCCCGGGACAGUGGCCCCUGGGGAGGACUGAGGGGAUGGUCUCCCACAAGUACACUAAACCCAGCUCUGGUCACCUGUAGCUUUGGAGAGCAGGGAGCCCCAGUUCUUCGCUGCCCUCUCCUUCUGCCUCUGCCACCUCUACCACCUCUACCUGUGUUCUAGAUGCAUUUCACUUUUCCACCAGCACAUCCUUCAACAUAACAGAAUUUCAGGGAGGAGGUCUCCCCAAAACCCUGGCCGUUUACCCAUCCAUCUUAGCCUUCCACCCGACUUUCACAAAAGAUUUGGCCCCACCUUGGAUCUGCUGGUAAAUAGCUAAUAGGCAGCCAGCGUUAUUUGGGCAAGGGAGGGGAGGGAGAGACAGAAAGAAAAUUUGCCCAUCUGCUGCUCCUCCCCCUGGGCUCUCCACCUGGGAUUUGCUAUUGAAUCUCUACCCCCUCCCACCACACAGUGCUGAUUGCUCACUGAAAGGCUCAGCGCCCCCAAUGGCGCGCAGAAGCCAGGCGGGUGAUUACAAUCCAAUUACCUAUUGUCGACUCAGCCCACACAAGCUUUUCUCCUCCUCUUGCAGGGCACGGGGCCAGGCUCCACGCCCCUGUGCGACCAGCCCCCUUCAUGGCCACAGGGUAACAGGAGGGCCUCUAGGCCCUGGUGAAUCUAAUCCACCACAGGUCUCCUUCCCCGGAACACCUCACAGGACCCGGAGCAAAGGAACAAGCACUUCUCCCAACUGACUGACGCCUGUCCUCACCAUCUCAGACUCUGCUUCCCACCGCCUCAGCCUUUGAGGCUUCUCUGUUUUGGACCUGGCCCCUUAAGUCCCCCCGAGAUGAUUUAUUCUCCGCAUGGCAGAGUCUCAGCUUGUUAGGGCCAGGGCUGCCCAGCAGGGAGAAGGCCAAGUCAAGGGCUGUGUCCUCUCCCUGCCAGGCCUUGCUUCGGAGCUGCUGAGAGGAUUAGUGCCUUGGAAGAGCUGUCUGCCUGAGCAACUCUGCUUCAGGUGCCUGGAGCAGCAAGCACCAGCCUUUAACACCGACCAAACACCACUCCGUUUAGCCUUCCCAUUUCACUUUCUGCGAACUGUUUCCCCAGCACCUCCCUCUAGGGGAGAGGUGGGGUCUUGCAAGCAGUGCUCAGAGCAUAGUCUUUAACCCCCCCCCCCCCCCGCUGCCCUGUAUUCCAGUCUCCUCUUCCCCUUCCUGUGCCAGUAUACCUGGCACAAGAGACCCCUUGGCCAUCAUCCCUGCUCCCAGAAUCAAACAAAUGCCAGACACUGCGAUUGAGAAGCCAAUCAAUGCACCCUUUGGCAAGCCCCCCACACACACCUGGCAUUCCCCACAACCAAUCCCUGGCACAGGGUUCCCAGAGAGCAGGUGCUGUACAUUUUCCAGCUUUACAAUGGGGCUGUUGACAGCCUUAAUUAGGGAGGCAUGAAUUAUGCGGCUAUAAUGCAGAGCCCUACAAUUAAGGCGGGAAUGAGGGGCUGGAGGCAACAAACGGAAUCUGCCCAGUGAGCAUGGCUAUUGAGUCCUGUCUCCUUUCUGUGUCUGACUUGCCCCAAUAUGAAUGGGGUACAGAUGAUUAACGGAGCUGGUAUCUCUUUGGCCUUAGGUCCUGUAUUCUGAGAAAGAUACACAGAGUGGGAUGGGUAGGGGUGGAGGGAUCACCACUGCCAAGGAGCAGGGGCUGCAAACAGUUGAUAUGAACUCAUUGUGAUUGUUUUCUACCGGUAGGAUUUGUACAAACCGGCUCAUCCUUUGCCUCAAGAAACUAAGUGGGACCUAUUUAAAUGUCUCACCUGUGAGCCAAUCCCCCACUUGAGGAUAUUUAUUAUGUUCUCGUGUUCUCCUGGGUUUCAAAUAGAAUUUUAAAAAUUCUUAGAUGUAUAACUUGUUUACAAAUAGUACAGCAGAGGGAACACCUUGUUUUGCGGCUGCAAUGGCCUGCCCUCUCGCAGGUGCGCUUGGCGACCUCCAGAAUCCUCAGCUUUGGGGGCGCGUGGGGUGGGGGAGCCAGUGGAAGAGCCCUUUGCCAUCGCAACACCUGUUCCUCUACUUGUUUCCUAAUCCCCGGACUCUCUCCUCCACCCUCCUUGUCCUCGCGCAAGUGAGAGGAAGCCAGCCUGCCAGUGUGGAAGGAGGGAUUUCGCCAGCUGCGUUUGCAGCGCCCAGGCUUGGUGGCCGCGUCGGGUGGGGGCAGCUGAGCUUGAUGUCUCCGGAGCGGGUGGAGCAUAGGGGGAGGGGAGUGCUGGUAGGCCUAGGCGGCUGCUUUCCGUCAUUCUGUGGCGGGGUCUUGAGGUCCGCGAACACAGUGACCUAAGGGAGCCACCCGACAGGCUUUGGGGUGGGGGGGCUUCCUUGGCAUUUGGGGAGGCGGCUGAGAAACGGGUGCUGAAAGGACAGCUCCUACCUGCCCCACUGCGCCCGAAAGGGACCUCGGCGUGUCAAGUCUCCCCCUCGGACCCCCACCCCACCUCGAGUGGACCGCCUUCCAGGUGAGGAGCACGAAGGGAUUCCUUGGAGUGGCAGCUUGGAAGGAUGCACGUCCGGCUGCGCCAAGCUGGCUUCCCCGCUCUUUCCCCACUUCAGCGUCAGCCUUGGCCCUGGGAAUUGCAGCCUGUGCCUCCAAGCCGCGCGCUUCCUCCCGCCUCCGGCGGAGAAGGGUGGUGCGGCCAGGCCUCGAAAACCCUUCUUCUGGGGCCCCCAGCGGGAACAGGAAGGAAAGCGGCCGAGAUGCGCCCUAAGUGUCGCAUGGCUUGGAGAAGUGGGUAGCUUGGUUGCAUAAGGUGGAAGGAACUUGGUAGUUUGCAAGAGCCAGCUCUUGGCGGGAGCCGAAACGCAGAGCCCGCCGACUCGCACACACUCCCCCCCUCCUCGUUUAUUGCCUUCGACGCGCGCCUCCCCCACUGCGCCCCCACCCCCUAGGCGCGCCGCCGUCUCGCGCGCCCUCCCCCCCCCCCGUACCCCCCUCCUCACUCCCUCCAGAGGAGGUGAGUUUAAACCCCGCCCACGUGACCCCAGCUGGGCCAAUGAGCGGCGGCGGGAGGUGAAAUCCGGUUCUAACCGGUCCGGGGCUCCCAGCGCUAUAAAAACUUUAUAAACCCCCCGGAGCCCGAGCAGUGUGAAGAAGAGGAGGCGAGAACGACCCCCGGACCGGCCAAAGCCCGCGCGCCGCUGCAUCCCCGCGUCCAGCGCCUACGUCCCGCCGCCGUCGCCACCAUGCCCAAGAGAAAGGCUGAAGGGGAUGCUAAAGGAGAUAAAGCCAAGGUGAAGGAUGAGCCACAGAGAAGAUCUGCAAGGUUAUCUGCUAAACCUGCUCCUCCAAAGCCAGAGCCCAAACCUAAAAAGGCCCCUGCAAAGAAGGGAGAGAAGGUACCCAAAGGGAAAAAGGGGAAAGCUGAUGCUGGCAAGGAUGGGAAUAACCCAGCAGAGAAUGGAGAUGCCAAAACAGACCAGGCACAGAAAGCUGAAGGUGCCGGAGACGCCAAGUGAAGUGUGUGCAUUUUUGAUAACUGUGUACUUCUGGUGACUGUACAGUUUGAAAUACUAUUUUUUAUCAAGUUUUAUAAAAAUGCAGAAUUUUGUUUUACUUUUUUUUUAAGCUAUGUUGUUAGCACACAGAACACUUCAUUGUUGUUUUGGGGGAAGGGCAUAUGUCACUAAUAGAAUAUCUCCGAAGCUAGAUUGAUUCAAGGGGAAAAACACCAUUCCCUUCUAGUUGUGAGAAACUUCCUCUUGGUUCCCAGGAGGAGCAAUUCUUUGAUGUUGACACACAUUAGCCACCUUGGCACAAACGCCUUGUAGGGUGGAAAAUCUAAAAUUCAUUUUUUAUGUCCUUUUCUCCCUCUGCCUUCAACAUAGACUUGACUCCCUUAAACCCAGAGACCUGUUGGAACCUGACCCCAAGAAAUGGUUCCCAGUAUGUCAGGCAAUCUGGACUUUACAGUGUCACCAUGGAGAUGGCAUCCCUCAAAAGAGUUCCUUUUUUAGCUUGUGGAGCUUCAGAUUGAUAAUUCUGCCAUUUUCAUUUCAUUUCCUGAAAGUCAGGGUCGGCUUGUGAAAAGUUGUUAAACAACAUGCUAAAUGUGAAAUGUCAACCCUCACUCUAAACUUUCCCUGUUCAGAGCAUCUAAUGAAGAUUUCAUUGGGUUUUAUAGUGGCUUUCUGAUUUUGGUAGUCCAUUGAAGAAGGGAGUUUGAAAGUUGUUGUAUACUGUUAACGAUUGUCUGCCCAUGUCCUGCCUGAAAUACCAUGAUUGUUUAUGAAAAGUAUCUUUAAUAAAGCUGGAUACAGUUUGGCUUGGAA